AACCACAUGUUCCAUUCAACUUUCACCCCGAGAUCCAGGAACAAUACGGCGAUAACUAUUGGUCCGUGCAUGGGCCAACUGACCGAAUGAACGAACGCCAUUGGUGGACGCGCCCUGUCAAUCCCCGCGGGUCAACCCUCUCGUUGCUAGGGCGAAACUGGUGAUGAUGCUGCUGCUGCUGGUGGUGAUACUGCACCCACCGUAGACAGAGUCUGCAAACCAGCUUUGGCAAAAGAUGCCGUGAAAAUUCACAGAAAAAAUGACGGGAAAGGAGAUGAAGUUGUUCUUAACUGCAUUUCGGGACAUUUGACGAGGACCUUUGGUAUAUCUGCUCAGAUUGGCUUAAUUACAGAGACAAUUGUGGAGCCAUGCUUUAUCGGAAAGCUGGAUGAAACUUGCAGGUGUUUUCCGACAGGCGUCGCACCGACAGGCUGCUGUUUCACGGGGAAAAUACGUCCUGCCUUGUUUAGUCUUCUGUCUCUAGCUCGAGAUCUGGAUUUCACACACCAGUUUGCCUGAAUGGUUAUGGUUUUGCUUUUAAUUUUCUUUUUUUUUCUGUUCAAGGAUCGGAAUAUAAAACACAAGACACAUGUAGGCUACAGAACAAGUCGUUCUUGAAGAACUACUAGCAUGCAUCUUUUAACUGACACGGGCACGAGAUAGCAGGAUGUCAUGCUUAUGUAUUCAUCAAACUGUUGCUAGACCUCCAUAUUGACAGUUUAAGGAUUUAAAAUAAUGCUUGAUCAGCAUUUGUUGACUGAAUCUUAUCCAAAACAAGCCAUGCACUGGAGACUCUUUGUGAUUCAAUGUAUAUAGCCCUUUGGGGCAAAAACUAGUGGUUAGAUUUAGUUUAGAUAGUCACUGCGCCUUCAAUAUUUGUCAGGACUGUAUGGAUUGUGUUAUGGACAGCGGGACUGAAUUAUGUUUAUGUAGUUAAACACCAAAGGCAUUUAAGGAGUCAGUAGUUGCGCGAAUAUUCCAGCAAAAUAAUCAUCAGAGAGCUCAAUACCGAGAGUAUAUGGACACUGGAGAGCAGAUUUAUAUACACCAAGGUGCACUCGAUCACUAUCCACUCUUUCUAUUGGAUUAUGGAAUUAUUACUCAUGAGCGACAGUCAUGCACUCAGAAUGUGUUUUCUUCUGCAAGAUGUUUCGGCGCGUGUCUUUCCUUUUUAACUUGACAAUAACAAGCAACGACCCCGAGAGCUGCCAUUCUGUUCGCGUUUACAUCAUACAGUUUAUGGUUCACAUCUGCAUCAACGAAAUGAGUAGGAACUUGCUGCUUUAGCAGGUGACACUUUCUCAAAAACACUGUGACAGCAGAUGAAGGCGAAACUUUUGUGUUGCUGUUUCCACGCGUGACAACCCCACAAGGACAUAAAGGAGUAAUUAUGCCCUUAAGAAAACGAGACACGGCCAGGGCAAUAUGCCUCCUGGAGGACUACUGCUCCAAACUGAAGAAACCAGAGGAACAACAGCUCAAAGCUUCCAUCUUAAGAGUCAUGGGCAUUUUCAAAAGCAGUCUUUUCCAGGCUCUCAUAGUGGACGUGAGUUUAUGUGCCUCAAAUGGUGGUGGAAGCCAUGCCUCAAAUUGGAGGACUCUGGGUGAGGACUUUUGUCAGAGAGCGUUGGCUCUAAUCACAGAUAUUCAGGAGUUUUAUGAACUGACCCUGCUGAACUCUCAGAAGAGCUGUGAUCAGAAGCUGGUGGAGGUGAAUCAUAUGGCUGAGCAGUGGAAACAAACUGCCACCAACUCAACCUCACCCUCUGAGGGUCCUAGGCCAGCCUCCACACCGCCAGAGCUGAGAGAAGAGUGUCACAUGGAGCUAACCAUAGAGGAGCCUGCCGCAGGAAGCACCAAUACAGAGAACAGGCCUCCUGCAGUACAGGGCUCCCAGCCCCAAAGCCACUCUCCAGCAUGUAUGAACCCAGCCCUGAUGAGCUCCCCUUGGUACCGGUAUCAGGAUGAAGAUUCCCCUUCUCCGGAACAUGGCUUCCCGCGGCUCACCAAUGAAGUCCGAGCUCCGGAGCUGGUGCACGUAUCGGAGAAAAACCUCUCAGAAAUAGAGAAUGUGCAUGGCUACGUUUCCCACUCUCACAUUUCACCACUUAAGCCUGCGCUGGUUACCCGGUUUGAUCUAACAUACCCGGGGGUGACCGCAGCAAACUACCUGGCAAGUCCUGCCCCAAUUAUUGUCAACACGGACACUUUGGAAUCUGUACCAUACGUAAAUGGGACAGAAAUUGAAUAUGAAUUUGAAGAGAUUACAUUAGAGCGGGGUAACUCAGGGUUGGGGUUUAGUAUAGCAGGUGGUACAGAUAACCCUCACAUUGGCGAUGAUCCUGGGAUCUUCAUCACAAAGAUCAUCCCUGGAGGAGCGGCAGCUGAAGACGGCAGACUCAGAGUGAAUGACUGUAUUUUGCGUGUGAACGAGGCAGAUGUCUCGGAGGUGUCUCACAGUAAGGCAGUGGAAGCUCUGAAAGCGGCCGGAUCGAUUGUGAGGCUCUAUGUGCGCAGGAGGAGACCAAUGCUGGAAACCAUCACCGAAAUCAAACUCAUAAAAGGACCAAAAGGGCUCGGCUUCAGUAUUGCUGGUGGUCUGGGAAACCAACACCUCCCGGGUGAUAACAGCAUUUAUGUCACUAAAAUCAUUGAUGGGGGAGCUGCACAGAAGGAUGGACGGUUACAAGUUGGAGACAGACUGCUCAUGGUGAAUAACUACACUCUAGAAGAGGUGACCCAUGAAGAAGCAGUGGCCAUAUUGAAGAACACGUCAGAUGUGGUAUACCUAAAAGUUGGGAAAACCACUAGUGUCUAUCUCUCAGACCCCUAUGGGCCGCCGGAUAUUACACACUCAUUCUCACCCACUAUGGAAAAUCAUAUCUCUUCCCCUGGUAAUAACGGCACUCUGGAAUAUAAGUCCAGUCUUCCGCCCAUCUCCCCCAGCCGAUAUUCCCCCCUGCCCAAGCACUUGCUGGGGGAAGAGGACAUUAACAGGUUGGAUGGUUUUUCCUUCCUACGAAAUCCUUCGUUAGAUGAGAUGGAAGGUCACAGGUUUGAUUCCCAGCACUUCCAGUUGAGGCCUCCAGAGCCAGUUUACAGCACUGUGAACAAACUGAGUGACCGCGCCCCCUCUCCCCGUCUCUACUCCCCCGUGGAGUUUGAUAAAAGCCCCAUGCACUCAAUCCCCCACUUCCCACACUAUCACGCAGGCCUGCUCCCUGACUCCGAGAUCACCAGGGAGCCCAGGAAGAUUGUUCUGCACAAGGGCUCGACUGGACUGGGCUUUAACAUCGUAGGAGGAGAAGAUGGAGAAGGCAUUUUCGUCUCCUUCAUACUUGCAGGAGGGCCCGCAGACCUCAGCGGAGAGCUGCGGAGAGGAGACCAGAUCCUAUCCGUUAAUGGAAUCGAUCUGCGAGGUGCCACUCAUGAACAAGCUGCAGCUGCAUUGAAAGGAGCGGGCCAGACGGUAACCAUCAUCGCCCAAUACCGGCCCGAGGAACUUGCCCUGUGCUCCCCACGCCGGGCCCCGCCACCAACUGCAGAAUACGGGCGUUUCGAGGCCAAGAUUCAUGACUUACGAGAGCAGAUGAUGAACCACAGCAUGAGUUCUGGAUCGGGAUCCCUCAGAACCAAUCAAAAACGCUCGCUCUAUGUCAGGGCUCUAUUUGACUAUGAGAGGGCAAAGGAUAGUGGGCUGCCCAGUCAGGGUCUCAGUUUCCGAUAUGGAGACAUCCUCCAUGUUAUCAAUGCAUCUGAUGAUGAGUGGUGGCAGGCCAGGAGAGUGACGCCUGAAGGGGACAGUGAGGAGAUGGGCGUCAUCCCCAGCAAGAGGAGGGUGGAGAGAAAAGAGAGAGCCCGUCUGAAGACAGUUAAAUUCAACGCAAAACCCGGUAGCCUCGAUUCUAAAGGGGACAUCUCUGGAAUAGGGGAGGACGGGUACGGAGCAAAGACACUGAGGAGUCAAGAGGAACUGAUCCUCUCAUAUGAGGCUGUCAUCAGACAAGAGAUUAAUUACGCCAGACCGGUUAUAAUCUUGGGGCCCAUGAAGGAUAGAAUCAACGAUGACCUCAUUUCUGAGUUCCCGGAGAAGUUUGGAUCAUGUGUGCCACCGGCUAACAGUUCUGAUCAAGAAGAUACGACCAGAGCAAAGCGGGAUUAUGAAGUGGAUGGGAGAGAUUAUCACUUUGUGCCCUCACGAGAGCAGAUGGAGAAAGACAUCCAAGAGCACAAGUUCAUUGAGGCUGGACAGUACAAUGACAAUCUGUAUGGAACCAGUGUACAGUCUGUCAAAUACGUGGCUGAGAGGGGAAAGCACUGCAUACUUGACGUGUCUGGGAAUGCGAUAAAACGACUACAAGUAGCACAACUCUACCCCAUUGCCAUCUUUAUAAAGCCUAGAUCCAUCGAGUCCUUAAUGGAGAUGAAUAAAAGGUUGACAGAGGAACAGGCCAAAAAGACAUACGACCGUGCCAUGAAACUGGAGCAGGAGUUUGGCGAGUAUUUCUCAGCGCUAGUUCAAGGAGACACACUAGAGGACAUUUAUAGCCAGUGUAAGAUAGAGAAACAGUAACAGUCUGGACCUUACAUCUGGAUUCCCUCAAAAGAAAAAAAAAAAAAAAAAAAAAUUAAUAAUCACCUUACCCUGGCAGGGACCUUGGACUGG